AUGGACCAGCGCUCGAUCCAACAUUCGGUGAGUAGAGACAGUAAUCCUCCACCCCCUCCCAGGGCGUCGGAUUACAUGACUAGGGAGCAGUUCGACGCCCUUCAAGAGAAGUAUAACCGAAUGGCCGAGAUAAUGAAGAAGGUCUCCAAGAUCGUCUCUCAGAAGACCGGUGGGGCAACGCGAGGCUCCCAUGUCCAGCCAGAAAUAGUUCAGGAGGAGGACCGAACGGGAAGCGGAGCAAGGAUCAUACUAGUCAGCUCCGAAGGGCUCAAGAUCGAGUAUGCCCUACAGUUCGACUUCAGUGCCUCCAACAAUGAAGCUGAGUACGAAGCACUAAUAGCCGGAAUUAAUCUGGCACGGGCUUUGAUGGUGCAGGAGUUGGUGGUACACAGUGGCUCGCAGCUCGUGGUGUGGCAAGUAAAUGGAGACUAUGAAGCCAAGGGACAGAGGAUGGCCGAAUACUUGAAGGUGGUGCGAAAGAAAGUGGCAACCUUCAAGGAGUUCGAGGUAAGGCAGGUGCCGCGGGCGGAGAACGCCAGCGCUGAUGCAUUGUCGCAGUUGACCACCUCUGACUUCACAGACCUCGGACAACCAGUGUAUUUUAAAGUAUUACAUCAGCCAAGCACCGAAAGUGCACAAGAGGUGUUACCCAUUGGUGAGAACGGCCCUAGCUGGAUGGAUGCCAUAAUCAAGUACCUGAAGGAAGGGAGCCCUCCCCGAAGACAGGGAUGA